GCGCUCAGCUGUCCUAUGGUAACGCAGAGCCGAAGCGAAGCCCCAGCCCACCGCGCGAAGGCCAAGCCAAGGCGGAAUCGCAUGCACUGCGCUUGUCAUUCAGGCUGCGCUCUCCAGUCUGGCGACGUCCGCUCGGCUCUCAACUUGUUGGUCUUCAGGCGGAGCGGAAAAAAAAAACCCACGCGGAUCAGAGCUGAAGUGGAAUUACCAUCGGGACAACAAUUAAGGCCUACUAGACACCUGAGUAUGGCAAUGAGUAAAGAAAAUGAUGACCUCCUGGUUCACGGCUAUGGUGGGAUCUCGGCAAACGCUGCCAGUUCCAGCGUCUCCUCCUCUUCUUCCUCCUCCUCCUCCUUCGACAGAAUCGCCCCAGCAGUCGAUGGAGUCUCCAACACCAGCGACGGAAUCCCCUCCGCCAGUCCCCAACAGCUGUCCGUCCAGGAGGUACAGAGGUCAAAAGUGAGUCAAAAUGGCAGCCUCAAGCAGAAUGGCACACUUAAACUUCCGGCCCUUUCUUCAGACAAUCCGAGGUCUCCCCUGCUAAUGGAACAAGUAUUGCCUCACUGCUGCCACCAUUGUCCAUUCCAUCAUCCUUUCAGUUGUCCUAACAACCAACAAGACUGCCAUUUGGUGGGUGGCAGCAGCCCGGCGACCUCCCCACUGACCCCUUGCUGUGCGCACCAUCACUCCGAGUACCCGGCUGUCAGGCCGAUCCAUUCGCCUGUCCAUCAGACCACCUGCUGCCAUCAGCCCCCUGCAUCUUUUUGUUUGCACCAUUGCUGGCAGGACCAUUUUCAGCACCAGGCUAUUCAGGCGCAUAAACCCAUUAAGAGGCCUUCCAGAUCUUUCCGAUUCCCCAAAAGUUAUUCAGAGCUCAUAGCUGACUGGCCAGUCAUCGUUCUUGGGGUCUGCACCGUCUUCAUCAUUGUCUGUGCAUUGGUGGGAGUUUUAGUUCCUGAAUUUCCAGACUUCUCAGAUCCUAUGCUGGGAUUUGAACCAAGAGGAACUGAAAUUAGCCAAAGGCUCACCACGCUGGAUAACAUGAGAAGAAGAACUGGAUAUAAAACAACGCUCGCCAAUUAUCCACUUAAAUAUGCUGAAAUGCAAGCUAACAGGUAA